AUGGCUACGAUUUCUACGUUGCAUCAGGAGUCAUCCUCAACUCCUAGCAACCGUGUAUUGACUACGUUUGGCCUCUCCAAGGAUCUAUCACAGCCAAUCAAUAUAAAAAUCAAUUACAUGGAAUGUACAAACCCCAAUCUCCAACUAGCGACGAUAUCGGACAAGUUUGUUAAUCCAACAGUUUUCCAGAAGUUGUCGAGAAUAUAUCGAUACCUGGACUUGUAUGUAACUAUUGAAGUAUAUGACGGUAAAGACAACAAUCCAAUCAGCAUACCAAUCCAAACUUCUUACAAGGCAUUCAAUAACAAGAAACGAAUAUGGAAUCAAGCGUUAAAAUUAGCAAUUGAUGGGAAUCAAGUUUGGUAUGAUUCGUAUGUAAAGUUUUCCGUGAUGGAGAUUGUCAAUACUGAACCGGUGGUGUUUGGAGUGGGGUUUCUCAGUUUAUUCAAUCACAAGUCGUCAACAUUGAGGAGUGGAUCACACAAGAUUCCAAUAUACACUGAAGUAAAUGUGCAAUCAGAGCAGGACAAUUUAAAUUAUGGAACAUUGACAGGAUUGACCCCGCUAGAGCAAGACUUGAUCAAUUAUGAAAAUGGACAAUAUCCUAGGAUCAAUUGGCUAGACAAGAUUGCAUUGCCCAAGAUUGACGUGUCCUCAAAUGGCAAUCGAGACCAUGACUACUAUCUCUAUGUUGAACUCCCACAAUAUGAGUUUCCUAUAGUGUACUCAGAUGUCACCUACAAUGUGCCAUCAUUGCAGCCACGACCCUUAGUGAACCCGCCCAUAAACAACACCACCAGCAAGGUUAUAAACUCUAUUGAUAUCCCAAUGUCUACUUCACUGGAUUCAAAAGCAACUAAAAUUUAUGAUCCCGAUUUCCAAUUAACUGCAAAUUACGCUACAGCAACAACAGCAACAACAAAUGCUACUCACACUGCUAAUGCCAAUGCGAUAUUGGAUCCAAUUGAAUUGAAAUACCACAAACUAGAGAGAAACAUCAAUAACAAUUCCAUCAUAGACAAGGAUUUGAAACCAUCACCACAAUUGCGUGAUGAGCUUUUGAAAAUUUUAUUGAAACCAUCUAACGCUGAGUUGACAGAUAAUGAAAAGAAUCUCAUGUGGAGAUUCCGUUACUAUUUCAGUAAAAACAACUCCAAUGAUUCAACUACUAAAGCAUCUAGGUCAUUCUUGCCCAAGUUUCUCAAAUCAAUCAAUUGGGAAAACGAUUAUGAGUUGGAUCAUACGUUUAAGGAGAUUUUACCAUUGUAUUGGAGCGUGGAAAAUUUACAAAUUGGCGAUGCGUUGGAACUUUUGGGGAAAUUUUUCAAUCCUCAUGUAUUGGGUAAAACGCGGUAUUCUGAGGAUAAUUUUGCUCUGAAGCAGAAUGAAGAUGCUAAGUUGACCGAUGAUGAAUUGCGAUUUCAAAAAGUCUUUGAUAACGUUUGUUAUUUGAGAAAAUUGGCAGUGGAGAGAUUGAAAUUGGCUAGUAGUGAAGAAUUGUUACUUUACUUGUUACAAUUAGUGCAAGCUUUGAAGUACGAGGCAUUGAUAUAUCAAGAUAUUGCUCAGAAACAUCCACUGAGGGAUACCGGGGAAGAGUCGGGUGCCGAAUUAGAUUGCAUGAAUCUUCCACUUGCAAAAUUUCUUAUUGAACUGGCGGUCGAGAAUGAACAAUUGGGUAAUUUCUUUUACUGGUACGUCAAGGUUGAAAAUGAGGAUCAAUUAGGCAAAACUGGUGGAGUGGUAAGUGGUACCACCAACAUUUAUGCUAUAAUCUUGAACAGUUAUAUUGAAUGUUUGAAAGAUUUCAGUCGUGAGCAUAAACUCCCUUACUACAAACAUCUCAAACGACAAAUUUGGUUCAUCAAGAAACUCACUCAUUUGGUGGAGUUAUUACGCACAACAUUCAAAAAGGGAGAAGCUACAGCAAAGAAGAGUGAGUUUCUCAGAGACUACUUAUCAUCGUCCACAAAUGAAUUGCUCAAGUUUCCCGAACCAUUCCCAUUACCGCUAGAUCCAUCAGUGAUGGUUUGCGGCUGUUACCCACAAGAAUCAUCUGUUUUCAAAUCGUCAUUGGCUCCGUUGAAAGUUGCAUUAAAGACAAUUGAACCAAAGCAGCAACAAAGUCGUCAAACAUCGCAAAUAUUUGGUAAAAAGACCGCGAACAAGUAUGGCAAGUAUCCGCUAAUGUUUAAAAUUGGCGAUGAUUUACGUCAGGAUCAAUUGGUUAUACAAAUUAUAAAUUUAAUGGAUCAGUUGUUGAAGAAUGAGAAUUUAGAUUUAAAAUUGACACCAUACAAGAUUCUUGCCACCAGUCCUGUGGCCGGAUUGAUUCAAUUUGUGCCUAACGAGACUUUGGAUGUUGUGUUGUCGAAAUAUGCUCAAAUUGCACCACAGUUACCCGUGGGGAGUGCAAAUACAAAUACAACUUCGAAUGCAAAUGCAAAUGCGAAUACGAAUGCGAAUGCGAAUGCAAGUACCGCUCCAGCUGGUACUGAAGGACAGCAUAGGAUUGUUGCACCACCCAGUGUAACAUCAAAUGGGAUACUCAACUAUUUACGACUCCACAGUCAAGAUACAGAGCCAAAUUCAGAACAACAAUCUCAAGAUUCAAUUCUCAAAAGCGUGUGGCAUAGCUCAUUCUCCACCAAUGCCACUGACUCGCCACCUGAGCUACUACAACCACAAACGAAAGCAACGAUCACCUCUGACUUGGGUGUAUCUGCCAAACUCAUGGACAACUAUGUCAAAUCAUGCGCGGGUUACUGUGUCAUCACCUAUAUCUUGGGAGUCGGUGAUCGACACUUGGACAAUUUACUACUAUCGCCCAAUGGAAAAUUCUGGCACGCCGAUUUUGGAUACAUUUUAGGUCGUGAUCCUAAGCCGUUCCCACCGUUGAUGAAGUUACCCAUCCAAGUAAUAGAUGGGAUGGGUGGUAUGGAUCAUGAGAAUUUCCACAUUUUUAAAAAUUAUUGCUUCAUUACCUACACUACAUUACGCAAGAAUAGCAAUUUAAUCCUAAAUUUGUUUCAAUUGAUGUUAGAUGCGAAUAUUCCUGAUAUUAUUAUUGAUCCUUCACGGGUGGUUGAUAAAGUGCAAGACAAAUUUUGUUUACAAAUGACUGAGGAAGAGGCGAUUUUACAUUUCCAAGAUUUGAUUAAUGAUAGUGUUAAUGCUUUCUUGCCCGUCGUUAUUGAUAGGCUACAUAGUUUAGCCCAGUACUGGAGAGCAUAG